AUGAUUCGAUCCACAGUGACAACCGCACUGCCGCCUACUGCACACUGUGCGGCUUCAGCAGUUACAGCUUUAUGUAGCGGCAGCCUACCCCAAUACGUGUUUGAUUAUCGAACUGUCAAGGUUCAUCUCAUCAAUCCCAUGAAAAUCAUGUUUAUUAUGAUAAUCUAUUGGUAUUCCCAAAUCAAAAUGCAAAGAACGCCUGCGCUGCACCCCAUAAGAACGAUAUGA